UCGUCCCCUUCACCAUCGUCUUCUUCUUCUUCCUCUACGGGAGCUGCUGUAUCCGAAGCAUCGCGACGACUCUCUUCCCACCUGAAACUGCUUCGAUAUGGCUUGUAAUUCAUCUGGCUGCGAGUCCGGUGGUUGCUAUGGCCGUGAGAAGGAUAAUGGACGCAAGGCUGUUGAUGUUACUCUCUGCGUCAAGUGUAAAUGCAAUGAGCCUAUGACGUUCGGUGAUGGUGGCUCUGACGACGGGAGAUUCUGCGCGGAAUGUUUCAGGAGCAACGUCUAUGGGAAGUUCCGUCUCGCUGUUACUUCACACGCCAUGAUCACUCCUUCGGAUAACGUCCUUGUUGCCUUCUCCGGCGGUUCGUCUUCCAGGGUUGCUCUUCAAUUCGUGCACGAGCUGCAAGUCAAGGCUUUGAAGAAUUACGAGGCGAGUCGUGAUAGGUCUUUACCUGUGUUUGGCGUUGGUGUUGCGUUUGUGGAUGAGAGUGCAGCUUAUCCUGCUCUUGACGGUGGAAUGAGUGAUGCUAUUGCGUGGGUUCGGUCCACUGUGUUGAGUCUGUCGCCACCUGGAAAGGAUCUUCAUGUUGUUCCUAUCGAGAGUGUGUUUGGUUCGGACUCUGUUGAAGCACGGGAUAGGCUUGUGAAGCUGUUGGAUUCCGUUAGUGAUGAGACUGGAAAGGAAGACCUUUUGCUGCAUCUGAAGAUGUUGUCUUUGCAAAAGGUUGCCUCUGAGAAUGGGUACAACAGAUUAGUGGUGGGAUCGUGCACGUCGAGACUCGCUUCCCAUGUUCUUACGGCCACUGUCAAGGGACGAGGCUAUUCACUAUCAGCAGAUAUUCAGCAUGUUGAUGCGAGAUGGAAGGUCCCCAUUGUGCUUCCACUUCGUGAUUGUGUUUGGCAGGAAAUAACUAGACUCUGCCAUUUGGAUGGUCUAAAGACUGUGGAGUUAGCUCGUCAUCCUCAAUCCGGGAUCAAUGACUUGGUGUCUUCAUUUGUCGCUCUGUUGCAGGAAGAGAAUCCUUCACGGGAGUGCACAAUAGUACGCACAGCUGCAAAGCUUACUCCGUUUUACUUCAACAAAAUUCCUGAAACGGACGACUCUUGCGUUCCUAUGGCCACUCAGAGGCGUCUAAAGAAAUUCAAUCUCAAAUACGACGGUUCCAUGACUACAGAAGCAUUCUGUCCUAUCUGCAACUGCCCGCUAAAUGGAUCAGACUCAUCGGAAGAUGAGUCUGAUGCGCUGUAUGCUGCUUGCUGUUCAAGUUGCCGGUUCCAAAUACUUCCACAAGAUGGAUCAUCUCUUGAGCAAUUUGGAUCCUUACUUCCUCAUCACAUGAUCUCCCAAGUGAAGCAUCAUCAAAAGGUUGACAGCCAAACAUAUCUGAGGGAGAAGAUAAAAGACUGUUUGCUCUUGGACGAUGAAGAGGCUGUCUGAAUCUCCAAAUGUUUUGUGUUCUUUCAGAUAUCAUCUGCUAAGGCUUGCUUCAAGGCAGAGAGAAACUUAGAGUUUUGUAAUGUUUUUUUAUAUAUGAUCAUCUCACGAUCUCAAUUACAUUAUGCUAUCAUACUGUUUUCUCUUGUUUAAUAGAGUUUGUAUCAA